AGUGCUUCAGUGACAUGUGCUUGCUUUUGAGAAAAUCAAAAAUCUUCAGAUUAGUACUAGGAAUAAUUACCAUGUUUAUUUUAUGUUUACCUGAAUUUUUCAAAAUCCAUGAAGCUAACACUGUACUUGUGUCAUGCGUGGAUACCUGUUCGUCUAAUAACACCACUUUUCCACUUUGUACUUUUAAUAAUUCUUGCAAAAGAUCAGUGCAACAAAGAAGAGAAAACCGGACUAUUUUAUUGAAGGCCAUUGUAAACCAUUCCAAUUUCCAAAAUAUUCCUUGUGUUUGCCAGUCCUUCAGGAAGGAACAACAGUCCCAUACCAAAAACACAGAGUGUGAAUCCAAGAGAGGUGUGAAUGUUGAUCAUCAAGGAUCACAGUCAGUAGCUAAAAAAAUUCCAAAAGCAAAAGGCUCACUUGAAGUGAAAACAGAAGAUGGUAUUUAUUUUUAUAAAUAUUUUAAUUUCACUAUGGUUUCUGAGAAAGAAGAAGUAGAGCAUAAUACUUACUACCUGCUGGAAAUCUACAUCAACAAUUCUAUAGUCAGAAGAAGAAAUACAGCCGAAGAAUACCUAAAUCAUUCCUGUCUAGUGGCAAUGAUGGAAGACGAAAAUGACUGUAUAAAUACUUCACUGCAGCUGAAGUCUCACGUGGAAUGUAAGUUACCAAGGAGAGUCAGAAUGAAAAUCAAACCAGAAACAGUAUCAGUCUUGCAAAAAAUCUCCGAUCCAAUGUGUAUGACGAAGAUCAUUUGGCUCACUAUGAUUCCAGUAGUUUUUGUGUUUACUAUUUCAAUUGUCAUCUACAAAAUAGUCCAAGAAAAUGAACAAAACUAUAGUAAACACAGAGUAGCAGCAGUUUCUACUGUUCUAAGAAGAAAGAGUUCUAGACAUGCAAGAAGAACCAUAUCUUCUACUAAAAUUCAUCCUUUUCCUGUAGAGGAAACCGGCAAACAACAGAUUCCACUUACUGCACAGACCACAAAGAUACUGCCCGUAAUUCCUGAACAUGAGCAUUGUCAUGUGGGUGCAUCCACUGUAGAUGUUUCAGAUGUUGCCAUAUGACGUAUGAUAUCCAUUGGGUGAAACAAGACACAUCCUACACCACAGAAGAAAGCAUCUCCAUUUCUGGUUUGGGGAGCUGUGUUACCUGUCUUUUCAUGAGAAUACCAACUAUGCGUUUGAGUGGAGAAGCUCCCUUUAUCUGUCAUCAGAAUUAUUUGGUAUUAAGGAAAUAAGAAUGAUGGACAGGCACGUAGAAUCAACUUCAGUAGGAUAGUAUAGAUUUUGUAUCUAUUUUCAGUUCAUUCAGGAUUUAUACUUAAUCAUAUGGAUGUAAGAUAAUCCUUGCAAUAAUUUCAUUUUCUAUCUGAGAAGAAAUUUAUUUUGUAUUCUCCAUAGGAUAAGAAAGUCUGUUUAAAGAUACAAACGAUCCUCUACUUUCAUGAGAUGAGCACAUUUUUCAGCCUAUGUAAUGCUCUAGGUGACCAAGAUGCUUAAAAGAUACAAUUUCUGGCUGUUGAGGAAGGUGGAUGAAGAAUCAUAGCAGGACAGAAUUCUGCAGUACAUUUUGAUUUCUGCAGUAAACCACGAAGACCUUCAUAAAUUCUGCAACAUCUUAGUGGAUAAAGAAAAAACUGUGGAAAAACACUAAUUUGGCUUCAAACCACGAAAUCAUUAUUGGUUUUUAAUACCUCAUUAAGGCACCAAAUGGGUUUCGUACUUUUUGAUAAAUUGCAUUUCUAUCUUUUAUGCUAGCUUACGCCAUUAGUAUUCAGACUCAUUAUCUCCUGGAACUUUUCCUUACUUCCCAUUUAUUACUGCUCCUCUGAGUGUAAUGGAGCUGUUUGGGCUGAGUGGGGUCCCAAGCUCGUUCGGUGCUAACACGUUAUUUGUGGGCACAACUUAACCAUCAAUUACUAGGCAGAGACAGAAAUUGCAGAGCCAGGACUUCAGACUCCCUUGUGCUAAAUCCAUCAGGAUGAACAGAUUGUAAACUGCCCAUUGCAAAUACGACAUGCAGCAAUUUAGCAUCAUGUUAAUACUUCAUAACCUCCAUCCCUUACAUUUAUAUAGCUUUUCCCUCCUGAAGCUUUCCGAAAUUGCUUCUCCAGUCAUUAUACUGCACCAAGCAGUUCAGAUUUAAUAGGAAUAGUUGUGAAAUUAGCCUCUGAAUGAUUUGAGGCCAUAUGGAAUUUUUUAUAUUUAGUUGGGUAAGUCUGAAGCAUUUGUUUCUAUUGUUUGUUACCAUCUUAUAAAAAAAAAUCAGAGAAAAAUACUGACUUUCUUGAUUUGGGGGCUUUUGAGGCUUUAUUGCUUAUCUGUGGUAAUAACUUGAAGCUUUUCAAGAAUGGAUUU